AUGACAUUCUCUGGUCUGCCAACAAGGGGUAAGUUUGUUAUUGAAAUGACAUUCUCUGGUCUGCCAACAAGGGGUAAGUUUGUUAUUGAAAUGACAUUCUCUGGUCUGCCAACAAAGGGUAAGUUUGUUAUUACAAUGAUUUCUCUGGUCUGCCAACAAGGGUUUUGCACAGGCUCCUUGUGUCUAAAGGUUGGAACACCAGAAAAUGGGACAUCUCCAGGUGUUUGGGAGGAAUGCUUUGUUACACUGCCUGGUGACCUGACAGUCCAACAAAAGGAGCAGCUGUGUUACUUAGCCUGUAAGAAGAAUGACUCUGAUGCUGUAUGCUAUGCCACAAACCAGAACCUGGACAGUUCUAAUGCCCUGUAUGCUCUCCUACAAGAUGUCAACCAGCGGAAACAGUCCAGCGGCGGAAUCAAACUAACAGCCGGUUCCCCCUGUAACAAUUACCAAGGUUACUGUGAUGUGUUUUCUCGUUGCCGUGGCGUUGAUAAUGAAGGACCACUACAACGACUGAAGAACUUGAUAUUUAACGAAAAAACGCUUCCCAAUAUAAAGAACUGGAUUAUUGAAUAUUGGUGGGCCGUCUUAUUGAUGGCUAUAGGACUUAUCCUGUUUAUGAGAUUGUUCAUCAAGUUCUGUGCCGUGCACACACCUAGCUCAAACCCUAACGCCAAACUAGCCUUGAAAUUGACGGACACACUGAGGCGACGACGUCGUCAGCCAGAGCAACAGUACCGGGCACAGGGCCCAUCGGGACCCCCGCCGCCAUAUUCAGCACACGGAGGCCCACCACAGGGGCACAGGAAGGGAGCAGGGGCUAAAGGCGGGAGAUACAAUAAUUUAGAAAUGCGCAAAGUUUGAACCAUAUAUCAUCUAAAUUCAAUUCAUCGUAUUUAAUGAUUUCUUUAACGAAUGUACACUACAAGAACAACAUUUCCAUAUGUGUUUUGAAUGAUGUAGUCCUUUGGUAUUUUUGAUAAUAUUACAUUUGUGUUAAAGAUACAGAUCUGUGUUCAUUACUUUUUAAAUCAUUAUGCAAACAGAAUUCCUAUUUUCAAGAACAAAAUGAAGGGGUAUUGAGGUUUCAAUUGCCAAUUGAUUUUAUGUUAAAUUAAUUUUCUUCUGUAUUUCUGUAUUUUGGUAGAAUGAUAUUACAUUGAGGCAUUUUUGAUCGUUAAUUUUUGGGAGUUUUAGUGCUCAUGCAUACAGUGUUAGCUAUUGUUUACUUUAGUUUUAAUCCAAUCAUGUUAUAAAAUAAAAGGCUAUACUAAUCAUUGUAAUGUAAGCAAAUGUACGUUAAAAAUGUGAUUAAUUGUUUCAAUCGAAUUAAAUAUCUUCAUUAUUAAUUGCGGUAAUAGUAUAACUAUGUUGAGAUGAUGGCCUAUCGAGUUAAUGUAAAUCAUUUAUGCCCUUUUCUUAUGGAUUAAAAAUAUCACGUUUUUCCAUUGUGUGCUAUUGAACUGACUGGAACAGAAUUACAGCAUCUUGAAAUGUGACGUAACAAUGGUAUCUGUAUUCUAUUGGUCGUUCUAUUUCCAAGCAUAAUUUGU